UAUCAAGAAAUAACAACGUAAAAAUACACAUUCAAAAACAAGCAGUAUGUGCUCCUCAAAAUGUUUUCUAUCAAACUAUACACAAAACUACUGACGCACAGGAGCGCAGCUCAGACUCGGGCCUGAAAAUGAGAUCUUGGCUUGAAAAGCUGCAAAAAAUCAAUUUAAUCUUAAGUAUGAAAUAACGUAAUAUUUUCAGAUUUCUGCUCAGUGAUUUUAUUGCUACAUUUACUGAAUUAAUACGCAGGCCUAAAAGGAUGUAAGGAGGCUACUCAGUGGAGACUUUCAGUGUGCACCAGCGCAUGUGGCGACACAGAGGCCGAAACUUCGGAGGGAGCGUGUGACUGUGUCCAGGUGCGUUGUUAAAACCCUGAUUUUUAAUCGGGAAGUUGGUUCUGUGGGACUCCUGACACUUUUCAGGCACGUCCACAGAAUAACAACUCCACUGCAAUGUCAGGGGACAGCAGUGACUGGUGUGACGAUGGGGCCGCUGUUUGUCACGCAGGGGGUUGUUGGAGUUUCCUUGUAACCGGAAUUAGCUGUGAAGUGCGACCUUGAGGUGUGAACACGGAAUACGAAAGGUCCGGCUUGCUUCAAGAGAAAGUCUCGCAUACUUUGCACCUCGCUUGCAAGUGAAUAUCUUAACAAAUAAGACUUUACGCGUGAAGCGUGGUUGGAAACUUGUCAGUUCCCACGAUAGCAGGUUUUUAACCCAAAAGCACUUUAAACCUAUUGGAUGUUCUGGAUCUAAUUUAGAAGGAUACACCUCCUGGGUCUAAUGCGCAGAAAUAUUCAGCAGUCUAUAUUCUGCAAUAGUGCACAAAACUCUGACUCAUUAAAGUGUCACCAAAAUGAGCGCCUCUAACAAGUCCAAAAUAUUAAAAUACGUCUGCGCGCAAUUACGCACAGGCCCUUUUUUUAAGUUGAUGAGUUUGAAGACAUGUUUCCACGGUUUAUUGACGGUUCGUGCAUCACGUGCAUCUGAUAGGCCAGGGUGUUAAUUUAUUCAUGCAGAGGAGAACUCGUGUUCAGGAUAGGCCCACUGUCAGGUGAUGACGCUUCAGGACAGGCGCAAGGGGACAGCUGGGACGGCAGCACCGAUCACCCUCAUUUGGAUGCAAAUCUUCAAGAGUUGAGGAGUUGGCUGACGUCAGGCAGGCCUUAGUAUACCUUUAGCUUCUUGUCAACAGAGCCACAUCAUGUGAGACUGGAGACAGACUGGAACUACAUCGCAUUUCACUCUGGGAGCCCAUUUGGACUACGUAAACAGUAGAAGGAUUGUUUUUAACACUUGCAGGGCAACAAUGUCGCCUUAAAACAGGCCACACCAUCCCCAUCGCUGUUUUUAAUAUACUUCAUAGUUUUUAGUACAAAUCAUGUAUGUGGGAUACCUCCUGGAUAAAGAAAGCGGCAUGUAUCACCAAGGGCCAGUAAGAAGAUCAAGCAUCAAUCUGCCUCCACAAAACUUUGUUUCCACACCACAGUACCCCGACUUUACUGGAUACCAUCAUGUGCCAAACAUGGAUACGCACGCACAGUCUGCGGGGAGUUGGGGACCUUCAUAUGGCGCUCCACGGGAGGACUGGGGUGCAUACAGUCUGGGACCACCUAAUACUAUUCCUACAACCAUGAACAACUCUUCGUCUGGACAGGUUCCUUACUGCUCAUCUGAGUACAGUCAUAUGCAUCCUCCGGGAUCUGCGGUGUUACAGCCGCCGCCGGAGAACGUUACUGUCGCACAACUUUCUCCUGACAGAGAAAGACGCAAUUCAUUCCAGUGGAUGAGUAAAACUGCACAAUCAUCCUCUACAGGUAAAACAAGAACGAAGGAGAAAUACAGGGUAGUUUACACAGACCAUCAGAGGCUGGAGCUGGAGAAAGAGUUUCAUUUCAACAGAUACAUCACCAUCAGGAGGAAGUCUGAACUGGCUGUCAACCUCGGUCUGUCGGAAAGACAGGUUAAAAUCUGGUUUCAAAACCGCAGAGCCAAAGAGAGGAAACUGAUCAAGAAGAAGCUGGGCCAGUCUGACGGCAGCGGGGGGUCUGUGCACAGUGACCCGGGUUCCGUGAGCCCUCUGCCGGUGCCGGUCUCUCAGUCCCACAGACAUCCACGGCUCUCUGUACCCUCCUCAGGGAAUGAACACCUUGCCAUCUAUCAGGAAUAUACAGCAAGUGACAGUGACUCAGUAAGCAGUUCACCCUCUGGACCAUCUAACAUAACUGAGCACUCCGACACGCUGACAGGACAGGCGGCCAGAGGACCCGAACUCACGUCCUGAAGCACAAAGCUGUGGAUAAAGAUUUGAUUUAUAGCAACGAAAAUUGCUGGAGGCUCUUGAAAGAUUGAUUUUUAUAGAAUAGUUCUAAUAAUGUUGGGAGUAAAAAAAAACAAAAAAAGAAAAAAAAAAAACAAACAAAAGAAAAAAAUAAAAACCCGGAAAAAAUCGACGUGUUUCAAACUUCAAAGGCUUUAAAUUGUUUGUGAGUUAAUAAGAUAUAAAUAUCUUUCUUUUUGUAUGUGAUGAAGUGUAUGUGAAUAAAGUUCUGGGACAUUUUAACGACGUUUCAAACUGGACUGUUGCUCGGGCCACACUGGACAAAGUGCUUUGACUUGGCAAAUGUUCUACACGCGUUUUUCAGCACAAUUUAAUGACACGGGUCGUUUGAUGGCAUCGCUCAAAAUGUAAAUAAAAUGUUGUUGUU